GCAGUGGAAUCUUGGUUAGCAUACAGUGGAACCUUGGUUAGCGUCAUUGUGAAAACAGGAAGCUGCCACGUCGUGUCUUCCAUGAAGGUUAAAGUAACCUUAAAUGUUCAUUUUUGGGAGUCGGCUACUUCCGCUUGCCAUUUUGUCAAGCUAAUAGGAUGCUAAUAGGGCUGCUAUCCCCAAAAUGAAUCAUAGAAGUCAGUCCACGUCAUCGUAAGUCUAGAUGAGCCUUGGAAAUUGGACAAUGACGGAUAUACGCGCAUGCAUUCUUUCAUUUUUUCUUAAUUCUUCAUGUGGCAAGACGUGUUUGUAGCCCCACACGUCGGUAAUUAUCCAGCGACCCGUCCCAGUCUCGAUGCAACUGAGACAGUGUGCAUGCAAUUUUUUUUCAAUCUCCCAAAAAAAAAAUUCAAAUCCCAGUAUCGUUCCCUUGUGGACAUUUUGCGCUGUAUAUUUGAUUAGCAACUUCUAAACUGAAAUUCUAGUACAGUGGAAGCUCUGUUAGCAUAUGCCUUGGCUGGCGUUUUUCUUGGUUAAUGUCAAAAAUGUAUGACAAAAUGUAGCUAAUAUUGCAUAGACCUGUCUAUGAUGUCAUCAGCAGUUGACUCUGUAGUUCUUUGUUAACUAACACAGUCAGGGCACAAAAUAGGGCGGCACAGUGUAGCUCCCCACAGAGUCACACGGAGUCUUAACGCUCUCUAAUAACUUUAUACUGACCUGAACACAACUUGUGUUGGAAACUACACUUCCUUAUUGUCACUCGAACACAGCGAGGUGCAUUCAUGGACACUACAAACAUCACCACAACUACAAAAAAAAACAAAUUUUUAUAGUUUUACAUGUAGAAAUCAAUUCUAACUGCAUAUAAAUGUUAAGUUUCGGUAAAAGUAACCAUAAGUGUUUGUUUAUAAAUGUUCCGUUCACAUUUUGCCGUGAAUUUCCAAUGUUAACUGAAAAAACAUUCCAACUGUGUUGUGUAGCCUUAUGCGUCAUUUCAUCGGCCACAAACAAAAUCUUACUUGGGGCCGUAAAAAGCCUUCGGCCCUGCACAAAGUACGAGUACCUUGCGGGAGUGACUGCGUAGAACAUCCUCCUCCAGGAGAAAGGGAAGUAGGAGAAGUAGGAAAAGGAGGAAAAGGCGCUCUGAAGGGUGAGUGAACGUGAUAAACCUUCACAUCUUGCCCAUCUGCACACAAACAACAUUUAUCAUCCAUGUUGGGAGUGUUUAACACCUGAAUGAAUGCUGUAUUAGUUACCUGGUAGGAAGUACGGUGGCGGUGUGGGAAAGUGCUCAUCCAUGUUGGAAAAGGACUCCAUGUUUGCUUAUAGAGCAAAUGUGUUGUGUGAGUUUACUAUGCCUGCAGGCCUGCCAGGUGACAUGACUAAUUGAACUCUCUCUGAUUGGUUGGAGAAAAUGUUACCCAUAAUGCAAAGCUAAGGCAAUGAGGGGUCAAAUAGUAAUGAUACUAAUCACUGUGUAUUUAAUGUAUUUAGUAUGUAAGCACCUGGCAGGUGUGGGGGGGAAAUUACCCCAAAGAAUGUCAAGCAGAGCACUGUGCGCCAAUCUGAUGCAUGUCCUAAUGUGUCCACCAGAGGCGCUCUUUCUGCUCAUGCGCUCAUUGAAAGUAGCGGCUGGCUAGCUUGAUGCGGCUCUAAGCUAGCUGUCAGUCAGUCAGGCACCAGCGGUUUUCUCACAGACGACUUCACCCACCGGAUGUUCCCGAAGGCACUACGUCGUCGGCCGUCUUGACAUUCCCUCAACAUUCCCGGACGAAUUCGUGUCGACUGACCAGAGUCCGCGAAUUCACGUCCACUCCUCAUCGAACCAUUCCCAUUUAGAGCUGCUUAGCUUGCCGGCUAACGGAGCACACCGAGGAGCCGAGAGAGCUCUGCUGAAGGACCACACCCAGACAAGAUGUCCCUUCAUCAGUUUCUGUUGGAGCCCAUCACCUGCCACGCGUGGAACCGUGACAGGACACAGAUUGCCAUUAGUCCCAAUAACCAUGAAGUUCAUAUUUAUAAGAAGAGCGGCAACCAGUGGGUUAAGACUCACGAGCUGAAGGAACACAACGGACACAUUACAGGCAUCGACUGGGCCCCCAAAAGUGACCGCAUAGUGACGUGUGGAGCGGACCGCAAUGCCUAUGUGUGGUCCCAGAAGGAAGGCUUGUGGAAGCCCACACUGGUCAUCCUCAGGAUCAACAGAGCCGCCACUUUCGUCAAGUGGUCCCCGCUGGAGAACAAGUUUGCAGUCGGCAGCGGUGCCCGGCUCAUUUCUGUCUGCUACUUUGAGUCGGAGAAUGACUGGUGGGUGAGCAAGCACAUCAAGAAGCCCGUACGCUCCACCAUUCUCAGUCUGGACUGGCAUCCCAACAACGUGCUGCUGGCCGCUGGUUCGUGUGACUUCAAAUGCAGGGUGUUCUCAGCCUACAUUAAGGAGGUGGAAGAGAAACCAGGCCCCACACCCUGGGGCAGCAAGAUGCCCUUUGGAGCUGUGCUAGCAGAGUUUGGAGGAGCAGGAGGAGGGGGUUGGGUCCAUUCUGUCUCCUUCUCAGCCUCUGGCAAUCGUCUAGCGUGGGUCAGCCAUGACAGCACUGUCACCGUGGUGGACAGCUCCAAGACGUCCACUCCUUUGCAGUUGAAGACUGAGUUCCUGCCUCUCCUCAGCGUCAUGUUUGUCUCUGAGAACAGUCUGGUCGCAGCGGGCCACGACUGCUGCCCCAUGCUGUUCCGCUGCGAUGACGGCGGCGCACUGACGUUCGUGUCAAAGCUGGACCUCCCCAAGCAGAGCAUCCAGAGGAACAUCUCGGCCAUGGAGCGCUUCCGUAACAUGGACAAGAGGGCCACCACUGAGGACCGCAACACUGCGCUGGACACACUGCACCAGAACAGCAUCACCCAAGUGUCUAUCUAUGAGGGGGACAAAAGGGAUUGUCGCAAGUUCUGCACCACAGGCAUCGAUGGAGCCAUGACUAUUUGGGACUUUAAGAGUCUAGAAGCUUCUAUCCAGGGUCUGCGCAUCAUGUGAAGAAAUGUUGUGAAAGAAUAAUGAAGCGACGCUGCGACCUCCACCUCACCCUUUCCAGCUGACCGCCCACCCGCCCCUGCGACGCAGCCAGUAACACGCAACUUAUCGAGUGUCUGCCGAAGCACUGAUCAGACCAUAACACACUCUUGGGGGGUGUCAAAACACACACACACGCGCACACACACACAGAACUGACGUGUGACAUCACUGUUGAUUUUCUUUUCUUGCUGUUGUUUGAUUUUUAAAAAAAAAGUGAAGCCUGGGUCAUCAGAAAGCGGGAGGAGCCUCAGCCGCGUAUUCAAACGUGACAUGUGACUUGUGUGUUUUUAUGUUCUCUAACCUCCAGUACCAAAAGUUCAACACAAAGCGUUGCGUUUUAUCAACAAAGAAGAAAAAGCAGACUGAAUAAUCACCUGAAUGUGAAUAUAUCAGCGUGUUGUCGUUGGGUGAUGAAGUCACAGUUAGGAGCCAAGACCCAAGGGGGUCAUGGAUGUUCUGUCGUCAUGUUGCGGCCGGCUGUCGAGAGGCGCACGGCGCCACAGCCUUUUAGCGCACUGUAGCUACCAUGCUAGGACCACACAAUAUGGAGGAUUUCUAUGUAACCCAGGUGGAAGCUAAAUAAAGAUGAGAUACAUUUACAGAACACAAGGCACCCUA